AUGUCCUCCUCCUCCUCCUCCCCCAGGGAGACGUACGAGGAGGAUCGGGAGUACGAGAGCCAGGCCAAGCGCCUCAAGACCGAGGAGGGCGAGAUCGACUACGCGGCCGAGGAGGGCGAGAGCCGCCGGGAAGCGGCGCCCCGGGGCGGGGGCGAUGGCGGCGGCGGCCGGAGCUUCUCGCAGCAGCAGCCGGAGGCAGGUGGAAGUCAUCAUAAGGUUUCUGUUUCACCCGUUGUCCAUGUUCGAGGACUCUGUGAAUCUGUGGUGGAAGCAGACCUUGUGGAGGCUCUGGAAAAAUUUGGGACAAUAUGCUAUGUGAUGAUGAUGCCAUUUAAACGGCAGGCUCUUGUGGAAUUUGAGAACAUAGAUAGCGCCAAAGAAUGUGUGACAUUUGCUGCAGAUGAACCUGUGUACAUUGCUGGUCAACAGGCUUUUUUCAACUAUUCUACAAGCAAAAGGAUCACUCGGCCAGGAAAUACUGAUGAUCCUUCAGGAGGCAACAAAGUUCUUCUGUUAUCAAUUCAGAAUCCUCUUUAUCCAAUUACAGUGGAUGUUUUAUAUACUGUAUGCAACCCUGUUGGAAAAGUGCAACGUAUCGUUAUAUUCAAGAGAAAUGGGAUUCAAGCAAUGCUUAUGUUUGAAUCAGUCCUUUGUGCCCAGAAAGCUAAAGCAGCACUCAAUGGAGCAGAUAUAUAUGCUGGAUGUUGCACGCUAAAAAUUGAAUAUGCAAGGCCAACUCGUCUAAAUGUUAUUAGGAAUGACAAUGACAGUUGGGACUACACUAAACCAUAUUUGGGAAGACGAGAUAGAGGAAAGGGUCGCCAGAGACAAGCCAUUUUGGGAGAACACCCUUCUUCGUUUAGACAUGAUGGCUAUGGAUCACAUGGUCCGUUAUUGCCUUUACCGAGUCGUUACAGAAUGGGUUCUCGAGAUACACCUGAGCUUGUUGCAUAUCCAUUACCACAAGCCUCUUCCUCUUACAUGCACGGAGGAAAUCCCUCUGGUUCGGUUGUGAUGGUUAGUGGAUUACAUCCACUAAAAAUGAACUGUUCGAGAGUCUUCAACCUAUUCUGCUUAUAUGGAAAUAUUGAAAAGGUAAAAUUCAUGAAGACCAUUCCUGGUACAGCACUGGUAGAAAUGGGUGAUGAAUAUGCUGUGGAAAGAGCUGUCACACACCUUAACAAUGUCAAAUUAUUUGGGAAAAGACUUAAUGUUUGUGUGUCUAAACAACAUUCAGUUGUUCCAAGUCAAAUAUUUGAGCUGGAGGAUGGUACGAGUAGCUACAAGGAUUUUGCAAUGAGCAAGAACAAUCGCUUUACAAGUGCUGGCCAAGCAUCUAAGAAUAUAAUCCAGCCGCCCUCGUGUGUGCUGCAUUAUUAUAACGUUCCACUGUGUGUCACAGAAGAGACCUUCACAAAGUUAUGUAAUGACCAUGAAGUUCUUACAUUCAUCAAAUACAAAGUGUUUGAUGCAAAACCUUCUGCCAAAACCCUUUCUGGACUCUUAGAAUGGGAAUGCAAAACGGAUGCAGUAGAAGCCCUUACAGCACUUAAUCACUACCAGAUAAGAGUUCCAAAUGGUUCCAAUCCCUACACAUUGAAGCUUUGCUUUUCUACGUCAUCCCAUUUAUAA